CUGAGCUCCAGUAAGUUCCGAACUUUGCAUCCGAGCAGCAGAGCCAGACUCUGCUCCAGGGGCUCCUUGAAGGGCUGGGGGGAGGAGGAAGAGGAAGAAAAAGAAGACUGGGGCCCCUUUCUUGGGGAAGGGUAUUGCAGCAGAACAGCAUAGAGGUAUCUUUGUCCUGAGACGGAUGGAAGAGCAAUAAUUUAGAUCCUGUUUGUGGUUUCAUGGGAGUUAAAAAAGAUGGCUGAAGCAGACUUCGCUGGUCCUGAAGAAGGAAGAGGCCCUGAUGCAAUUAGUGCAGGGAACAGUGGGGAAUUCUGGGAGAGGACAGUCCAGAAGAGAUUUGUGGUUGCCAGCCCAGAUAUACAGCGCCAGUACUUCAGGCAGUUCUCCUACAAGGAGGGCAAAGGCCCCCGAGAGGUGUGGAGCCGACUCCACCAUCUGUGCCGUAAGUGGCUGAAGCCAGAGCACAACACAAAAACUGAGAUCCUGGACCUGGUGAUCCUGGAGCAAUUUCUGACCAUCCUGCCCCCAGAGAUGGAGAAGUGGGUCAGGGAAUGUGGGGCAGAAACCUGUUCCCAGGCCGUGGCCCUGGCAGAGGGUUUCCUCCUGAGUCAAGCAGAGGCAGAGAAGGAGCCAGAAGAACAGCAGCAAAGAGCAGUUCCUGGUGCAAAGGUCAACAAUUUCUUGAAAGAAGUUCAUUCUGAAUUACCUGUGGCAGAGGAGGCUCCAUUGAACACAACGCAGAGUCCCCAAUGGAAGGAGAUCAGGCAGCAGUGGGACGGAGAAGCCCUUUUGCAAGAGGCUGGAAUGAGGCCAACAACAACAGUUCUCUCAUCUCUUCCUUCUCUUUAUGAUGGACUAGAACCAGAUCAGGAUCUGGUGACUUUUGAGGAGGUGGCUGUGUCUUUCUCCCCAGAGGAGUGGGCCAUGCUGGAUCCUGACCAGAGAGCCCUGCAUAGUCAGAUGACGGCAGAGAUCCGUGGGACCUUUGCUUCUGUUGGACCCCCACGCACAUUCCAGCGCCAUGUUGUCAGUAGUUCUGUGCAACUGUGCAGAGAAUCAUCAGUGCUCCGUCAGUGCUUGCCGUCUACGCUGGGCAUAAUUACAGUGCAAUCCACAAGCCAGCCAAAUAGGGGGAGAGGGACAUCGUGGUCCAUUGCAGAGACGGCUGACCUGAUCGCCUUGUGGUCACAGCCACAUGUGCUGGAAAAAUUGAGAAACUGCUACUUGAACUUUGAUACAUUUAACGAGGUGGCAGAAGGCAUGAGGGCUAGGGGCCACCAACGCACUGGUGAGGAGUGUCGCCGAAAGACCAAAAAUCUCAGGGCACAGUUCAAGAAGUUCAACGAUCACAAUGCUCAAAGCGGCCGAGGUGCCACCACCAUGCCAUUUUACAAGGAGCUCCAUGCCUUCAUUCACAAGGAUGGCAGCAUACGACGCAGCAGAGUUUGUACCAGUGGUGAAGUUGCCCAGGUCCCAGUCGGCCAGUCAGCCAGAGUUGAUGGUGGGGAGGACUCCUCUCAGCCAGAAUGCUCCCAGAAGCUUUUUGAGCCCCCUCAAGAACAAGAAACUGCUAACCCCAGAGCCGCAGUGACCCCGACGGCCCACCUGUCUGAGACCCCAAGGAAGAGGGUGCAUUGCUCAGCAUCCAUGAGAACAGCUAGUGCCAUGGAUCAGCUCAUGGAUCGAAGCUCAGAACACAUGAGGGACCAUCAGCACAGAGAAAGGAAGGCAAAGCGCCAGAGGAUGGUAGAUGAGCACCAGAGGGAGUUCCAAGAGAGAUCCCUCCAGCAGCAGGAGCGCCUCAAUGCCACCCUGGAAGUGCGGACUGGUCUGCUGGGUGACCUUGUGGAAAUCAUGAGGGCGGCCCUCAGUGGCAGAGGGAGCUCUGUGGAUCAGGGCACAAGAAGGAGGGCCACCCCAGCAGGAAGUGACUGGAGAGCAGGGCACAAAAAAGAGGGCCACCGCCUUGGCCCUGGAGGAGGGGGUUGCUAUGGAGGUGGAGAUGCCUGAGCAACAUCCUGCAGAUGAAUCUGUCAGCCUCCUCAGGGGCUUGGCAGUGGCAGAGCCCUAUCGCCACCCCCAAGUGAGAGGUCGAGGUGCCCAAGGAGGCCACUGGGAAGGUGAUCCAGCACCAAUGAGAUGACAAUCACCAGCUGGAACCACCAACAACUUUUUCCCAAACAUCAUCUCCCUUCCCAACACUAACCCCUCCCUUAAUACCCCACCAGGCCCAUCUCACUGGUUGCCUGAGUUGGUUUUACCCGCUGUCCCAUUGAUCGUGCACAUGUGUGAAUAAAACAUCACUUUUUUAAAAAAGAAAUAAAAA